AUGAAUCUUACGACUCGAUCGCAAGCGAAGUCGCAAUCGCAAGCUCCUCCCAAAACGGCCCCGAAACCUGCGACACCAAAGCAGAAGAGCAAUUCACCCCGCCAAUCCAGCGCAAACCGCAAGAAGUCCUCGGAAAUCGCAGAUACCAAGGCCAAACGGGUCCGCACGGGAUGUCUGACCUGUCGCGAACGGCACCUCAAGUGCGAUGAAGCUUUGGGACGCUGUCUCAAUUGUCGAAAGUCGGAUCGGAUAUGCAGACGAGGCAUUCGCCUCAAUUUCAUUGACAUUCAAACUGUUGCGCCUCCACAUGUUAUCGAUCGACCUCGUGGUGCCAAGGUGACCUUCCGAGAUGACUCUCGGUUCAUCGCAUCCGAGUACGUUGGGGGCUUCGAGAGAUACCCCCUCCACAGCCAGACAGUCCCGUCGAAGAAAGAAGACAAUUACACCAUGAUGCUUUCAAUCUCAUGGGGCAUGACCAUCGCCCAUUCAUUCGACCCCUCUGCCUUUGACCUUUCUCAUGCGGCGGCAGUGGAUUUCCAUGGUGGACAAGAUUGCUGGCACCACCAUGAGCCUCACCUCGUGCCAGGUGACGAAUUGCUACCUCAUGGAACAUCUAACUUUGCACGGAAACUGGCGAUGAAACAAUAUAGCCCAUCUCCCUUGGGUGAUCCAGAGCAAGUCUAUCUGUUGCAGGUAUUCGUUGAUGAAGUAGGAUGUUGGAUGGACUCACUAGAUUCAAUGCGUUAUUUCACUCAAAUCCUACCACUGCAUGCUAUCGACGAGCCGCUCGUACUCAAGGCCUUCUUAGCAUGCGGCGCUCGACAUCUUUCACUGGUCAACUCGUCAUUUGACAGAACGAAGGCUGCAAAUUACUAUGACGAGGCAACUCAUGAUUUGAUGAAUGCCAUGAAAGAUCCAAAUCGUGAUUCCGUUCUAUGCACAACAGCUGCAUUGGUCCUCAGCAUUUAUGAGAUCAUGGCUCCGCUGCAAACACCGAGUGCGAACCACAUUGCAGGUUCCAGGGCUUUGAUUCGCGAAUGCGGUUGGACGGCCAGAACGCCUGGUCUCGGCGGAGCAUCCUUCUGGGUCAGUGUGGGCAUGGAAUUGCUGAGUUCUCUACACUAUAAAUGGACAUUGUCCUGGAAUCCGGAUACAUGGGGAGUGGAUAUGGAUAUGCAUCAGCAUGCGCAUCAGCAUCAGGUACAACUGUUUGGGAAGACUGAAGAGCUCUGGCUCCACCGGAUUAUCUACAUUUGUGCCAAGAUUGCGAAUUUCCGUAUCGCUGCGCAGUCUCUUCAAUCGGUGAAUGGUUCUAUGAACUAUGCCAAUGAAUUGAGUGACGUAUUCACGGAGUGGAGCCACUAUGAUUCGUUGUGUCAGCAGUGGUUUGAGAAUGCUCCAAGAUCCUUGAAACCUCUCGGCAAUGUACCGCAAUGGCAGACCGAGCCGAGGUCCUCAUUUUCGAGAAUCUGGCUCCACAAGCGGAUCGCGAUUGUCUCACAGCUAUUUUACCACACGGCUUGCCUAUUGCUGGGUAAAGCCCAUCCAUUGCAAGCCGAAUUCCAUCGAAAAAUGCAACAAACCCACGCCCAUGACAUCUGCGGAAUUGUUGCAAAUACAAAAGACAAGGGUGCCAUCAAUGUAUCAAUCCGUUGUCUUGCCAUUGCCGCCGAGUGCCUGGAUACCGAGGAUACGCAAAAAGAGGUCCUUGUAAUAUUCGAUGCCCUUGUUAAAGAUACAAGUUGGCAUGCUGAGCCGAUCCAGGAUGAGCUGAAGCAAAUUUGGGGCUGGAAUAUUUCUCAUCCUGAAACCGUGGACCCCGCCCAGAUGCACAAUCAUCAUUUUGGGCUUGAUCCGACGUUGCCAAUUCCCAAGGGCCCGGAGUUUCCACCUGGACUAUCGAACCCACUUUUGGAUGUGGGUGACUUUUCCAUGGAGAAUCAUCCGUAUCAGGAGCACUAUGUUGCUCCUCGCCAUCAUGGUUUGGAUAAUCAUUUAUACGGGUCUUAUCUCAUUUGA